CUAAAAUUGUCUCACAAGAGGGAAAAAACUCUUUACAGGCGCUGACACUUGGUGAAGAUGAAGAUUCUCAUUAUGCUGUUCUGCCUUUUGCAAGAGAACUGCCUCCUAAAAGCACAGCCGAGGACUGAGGAGGUUCAGCACAUUGUGCUGAGACUCGUGUUUCCUCCAUUUUACAACGGCUACAACAAGUCCUGCUGUAAACUGUAUCCUGGCCAAUGCUACAAAGUGCUGGACAGUGCAGGGUACACCUGUGAUUCACUGAGGGGAAGAGUCACCACAACGAAGGAAGACGGGUGGAUCGAGUUCAGGAUUUCAAACGUGCAGGUCGGAGAUGCUGGUUAUUACAGAUGUGCCGUUCUGGGAAGCCAGAACCGAAUUUAUUCCGACUAUUAUGUGGAGGUGUUUGAAACCUCUGAUCACUACAGCAAGUCUCAGUUUCCACUGACAACCACAGCAGUCAUGGUCCCAAACAGCUUCACAACACUCCUGGCAUCUACUGUACUGGUCCCAGUACAGGACUUCAGAGACAAUGACAGACCCUCCUGGAAUUUUAGCAUUCCGCUCUUGGUCACUGUGUCCAUCGCAGCAAUGAUCUUUGUUGUAUCUGUUGUUGUUGUUGCUGUUUGCUGUAAAGUCAAAGCAAAACGCAAAAAGUCAAACAUAUAUGGAGAAGCUCUGUGUGAGUCACAGAAACAAGACGCUCCGGAAAUGAGUGGAAUCGUCUAUGCAACAUUCGACUUUAAGCCUCGUCAGAAACCUGAGGUGGUGUAUGCAAACCUGGAAGAGCACAGAACUGGGGAAAGCAUCUCUCAAGCGGACAAUGCCGGGACAGUGGAGUACUCCAGAUUGGCAAUCCAGCUGUGAUCCGAAUUGUCUUAGGGUCUAGUCCUCUAGAGCUGCAGUCCUGCAACUUUUAUGUGCCUCUGCUCCAACACAGCAGAAUCAAAUGAUUGGCUCAUUACCAGGUCUCUGCAGAGCUGAAUGAAACUUGGUGUGGAUUUUCAGCUGUCUGAUUUAGGCGUCUGAAAGUGGCAGGAUGGUAGGUGUUCAGGACUGGACUUUGGCACUGCCAACUUGAAUAGUUUGAUAUUUUUUUACAAACUUAUAUGUGUUUAUUAGUAUUGAGAUAGACCAACAGAAAGUAAUGCGUAAUUGUGAAGAUGAAGGUAAACAAUAAACAUUGUUAAGACAUUUUUUAAACUCAGACUCUGAGCUGUGGUUUACAUUGAUAUUCUACCUCCCCAACUUAACACUCUACACAACCAGCUUUUGGUUCAGGUAUCUCUGUAAAUCUUAGGGUGCCUCUUUAAUUAUUUGAUUUUUAGUUAAGGUUGCAGUGAGUAACCAUUCAUUUUCAUUUUGCAGUCAUGGACUACGUUGUGCUGGUCUAUCAAAUAAAAG